AUGAAUAAAACAUCAAUUAUUCUUAUAGCCUCUAUCUUAAGCGCUGCGCUGUGUGGUGCUAUCAUUUAUGAGGCAUACAAAGCCUGGAAAAUUAACAAUUUACCUCCUACUCCUGUUAAAUCUAACACAGAUGGGUAUUAUAUAGUUAACAUGCUUUCAUAAUCGAGCUUAUUUAAUUUAAAUAUCUAACUUGAAUGGGUAGCUGGACAGAAUUUUGUAAAUGACCCCUCUAAUCCUGUGAUCGAGAGGUUGUCUUUCAAAAUCAACUUUGAUAAUUAUAAUGAACUUUCAAUCAAGAUUACUGAUAUUGAUGAUACAAGAUUCACUCUUCCUUAUAAGGAACCAUUCCCCUACACCAAGGUUACUUAUGAACCUUCUAAAGAAAGUUUGUUUGAUUACAUCAUUUCCGUUCCUGGAGAAGCUUUCUACUUUAAAUUAUGGCGUAAAGAUACAGGUGAAGUGCUUUUCGAUACAACCAAUACUCCUCUUAUUUUCUAAGAUAAGUAUCUUUAGAUUACAAAUAAAUUAAAUAAGUCUGCUCUCUUUGGACUUGGUGAAAGAAGAACAACAUUUAAGCUCAAAUCUGGAUAGUACAGUAUUUGGGCAGCUGAUGCAGCAAGAAUAGACUAUGGCCAUCCUGGCGAGCAAAUAUAUGGAACUCACCCCAUGUACUUGAAAAGAGAUGAUGCCACAAAGAACUUCCAUGUCUUAUUUUUACGUAAUGCAUAUGGAAUGGAAAUCGACUAUUAGGAAAAUGAAUCUAUUACCUACAAAGUGAUUGGUGGUAACUUUGACUUUAAAUUCUUCUUAGGUAAUAACAACCCUGAAGAACCUAUCAAAUUAUAUCAUAAUUACAUUAAUGGAUGGAUUUUACAUCCUUUCUGGGUUUAAGGUUUCCAUUAAUGCAGAUGGGGUUACAAAACAAGCGAAGAACUUAUGUAAGUUUGGGAUAAGUUUAACGAGCUCUCCAUUCCAAUCGAUUCUUUAUGGAGUGAUAUUGAUUACAUGUACGAAUUCUAUGAUUUCACUAUAGAUUUAUCUCGCUUUAACAUUAGCUAAAUGAAGCAAAUUUAUGAUUUAAAAGAUCCUAAAGGUGUUCACUGGAGUAGCAUCAUUGAUGUUGGUAUUGCAAUCGGUUCAGAUGCAGCUGUAAGAGGUUAGGAACUCAACACUUUCAUUAAGAGUGGAUAUACCGGUUAAGAUCUCAUUGGAAAUGUUUGGCCUGGAAAUACCUAUUAUCCAGAUUUCAAUCAUCCCAACUCUACUCAAUUCUGGUUUGAAGGAUUAAAUAAUAUUACUAAAAAUUAUGGUUUAGUUUAAGAAGGUAUUUGGAUAGAUAUGAAUGAAUUUUCUAAUUUUGUAAACGGUGAAGUACUUCCAUCUGUCAAGGACAGCAAAUUCCUCUCUAACUAAACAUUGAAGAGCGAGAAAUCUUCUCUCUAAUUGCCUUUCAACCCUUAAGGAGACACUGAUCUUGAGUUCAAAACUUUGUCUUUGAAUGCUAAACACUAUAAUGAAAAGGAUGGUCUUAUGCUCCAUAUCCCAAAUUACAACUUAACUCAAUACGAUAUGCAUAACUUAAAUGGCUUUGGUGAAAGUAUAGCAACUUACGAAGCAGCCAAAUUAAUGGGAAGAAACCUCACUUUUAUUCUUUCUAGAUCUACACUCUUUGGAAGUGGCAAAUAUGUACAACAUUGGAAUGGUGAUGGAUUCUCUUAAUGGGACUAUUUAUUCUAUACAAUUCCUGGUAUUAUUAAUUUCUAAAUGUAUGGUAUUCCUUUUGUAGGUGAUGAUAUUUGCGGUUUGAAUGGUAAUGCUACACCUGAAUUGUGUGCUAGAUGGAUGUAAUUAGGUUCUCUCUAUCCUUUUUCACGUAACCAUAAUGGUAAUGAGUCUAUUUCUUAAGAACCUUACGCCUUCCCUGACUAUCACUAUGUUCUUUCAUCAUCAAUCAAGACAUUAAAUGUUAGAUACUAAUUAUUAAAGUUUUACUAUCACUUAUUUGUCAAGGAAUAAGGAUCUGGAACUAUUUUCCGUCCUCUUAUGUGGUCUUUCCCUAAUGAUGAUGAAGCUCUCAAUUAUGAAGCUGAAUUCAUGCUUGGAGAUUAUCUUUUGGCUGCUCCAGUUGUUGCUUAAGGUAACGAAGUAACUAAUACUACAGGAUUAGAUUUCUAUAUUCCUUAAGGAGGAGUAUUCUAUGAUUUCUAUAACUAACAAAGAUACACUGAAGGUAAAUAUCACUAAGAUGUACCUUUUGAUAGUGUUGUUCCUCUAUUUGUCAAAGCAGGAAAGAUAGUCCACAUUUAAGAUUAGAAGCCAGUUUUGAGAAGCAGAUUUUUGGAUAAUCAUUUCACUCUUUACAUAGCUUUAGAUUCUAACUUAUAUGCUUCUGGAAGCAUUUUAACAAUAAAUGACUACAAUAAUGAUGAAAACAUUAUUAGAAAUUGCUUGGAAGGAGCAAAUUGCGUUACAAUUAUUGAAGCCCAAGGAAAGUUUGAAAAUAACUCUUUCUCAAUUUCUUUAAAGAAUACUUAAGAAUAAAAAAAUACUUAAUUCUAAGAAGUAGUAAUUGAUAAGGUUAUAAUUGCUGGUAUUAGCACAUUUGGCAACUAUAUCUCUAAAAUAGUAGAUAUCAGCUCUAAUCCAUUCAUUAUUAACAAAGAUAAAUAGCAAUAUGACAUUAACAUUAACUUAUAAUGA